AUGUCGACAACGAUGGAUCAAGUUGUUAAACGAGCUAAAGAUAGUUUUGGACAAAUGUUUGAUAAAAGUUUACAUGAUCUUGUUCGUGGUAUUCGAAAUCAUAAAGAUAAUGAAACAAAAUAUAUUAAUGAAGCUCUUGAUGAAAUUAAACAAGAACUUAAACAAGAUAAUAUAGCAGUUAAAGCAAAUGCUGUGAAUAAAUUAAUUUAUCUUCAAAUGCUCGGUUAUGAUAUAUCAUGGAGUUCAUUUAAUAUAAUUGAAGUAAUGAGUUCGAAUAAAUUUACUUUUAAACGAAUUGGUUAUCUAGCUGCUUCACAGUGUUUUCAUGAUGGAACAGAUGUUUUAAUGUUAACAACAAAUAUGAUUCGAAAGGAUCUAAAUAGUCCAUCAAUGUAUGAAGCAGGUAUUGCUAUGAGUGGUCUUUCAUGCUUUAUAAAUGGUGAUCUUGCACAUGAUUUAGCUAAUGAUAUAAUGACGCUUAUGACAUCAACAAAGCCCUAUAUUCGUAAACGAGCUGUUCUACUUUUAUAUAAAGUAUUUCUUAAUAAUCCUGAUGCUCUUAAACCAGCUUUUCCACGUUUAAAAGAAAAACUUGAAGAUACUGAUCCAGGUGUACAAGCAGCUGCUGUGAAUGUUAUUUGUGAAUUAGCUAGACGUAAUCCAAAAAAUUAUCUUGCUUUAGCUCCAAUUUUUUUUCGUCUUAUGACAACAUCAACUAACAAUUGGGUGCUUAUUAAAAUUAUUAAACUGUUUGGUGCUUUAACACCAUUAGAACCUCGUUUAGGCAAAAAAUUAAUAGAACCAUUAACAAAUUUAAUUCAUAGUACUUCAGCCAUGUCUCUUUUGUAUGAAUGUAUUAAUACUGUGAUUGCUGUUCUUGUUUCUCUUUCAUCGGGUUUACCAAAUCAUAAUGCUUCAAUUCAAUUAUGUGUACAAAAACUUCGAAUACUUAUUGAAGAUUCCGAUCAAAAUUUAAAAUAUCUUGGUUUACUUGCUAUGUCUAAAAUCUUACAAACACAUCCAAAAAGUGUCCAAGCACAUAGUGAUUUAAUAAUGCAUUGUCUUGAUGAUAAAGAUGAAUCGAUUCGUUUACGUGCACUUGAUCUUCUUUCUGGAAUGGUAGCAAGAAAAACUCUAAUGGAUAUUGUACAUAAAUUAAUGGUUCAUAUGGAUAAAUCUGAAGGAUCACAUUAUCGAGAUGAAUUACUUUCAAAAAUAAUUGAAAUAUGUAGUCAAAAUGAUUAUCAACAUAUAACUAAUUUUGAAUGGUAUAUUAGUAUAUUGGUUGAAUUAACUCGUCUUGAAGGUACAAAACAUGGUAAUCUCAUAUCUUUACAAAUGCUUGAUGUUGCUGUUCGUGUUGAAUCUAUUCGUUCAUUUGCUUGUAAUCAAAUGGCAAUUCUUCUUGAAAAUGCUCAUGUUUUUAUUCAUGGUUCAAAUUCUACAACUGUCGCCGAAGUUUUAUAUGCUGCUGCAUGGAUCUGUGGUGAAUUUUGUUCUCAUUUAAAAGAACCACAAAAAACUCUUGAAUCAAUGCUUAAUACAAAAAUUACACUAUUUCCUGGACAUAUUCAAUCUGUUUAUUAUCAAAAUAUUUUAAAAAUUAUAACAUAUUUAAUUCAAUCAUCGAAUAAUGAUGAAACAUUAACUCAACAACUUCUUUCAUCAACAAUUGAUAAAAUGUCUUUAUUUUUAUCGAGUGGUGAUGUCGAAGCACAAGAACGAGCAAGUGUUGUUUUACAUAUUCUUAAAACAACAUUUAAAUUAAUUGGAAAAUCUGAAUUUAAUGUUAAUGAAUUAUCAGCAUUGUUUGAUGGUGUUCUUAAUCCAGUUGCUGCAAAAGCUCAAAGAAAAGUUGCUGUACCCAAUGGUUUGGAUUUGGAUGCAUGGAUAAAUGAUCCUCCAUCAGAGAGUGAAGAUGAAUCAGUGACAACAAGUUCACGUUAUGAUAAUAAAGGUUUAUUUUAUGGUGAUAAUGGAGAUAAUUAUAAUUCGAAUUCAUAUUAUGGUGACACAUUAGGUUAUCAGAAAUCAAAAAAAUAUAUUGAACCAACUGCUGAAGAAUUAGAAAAACAACGAGAAUCAAGAAAACAAAGCGAACAAAUGAAUCCAUUCUAUUUGAAGGAUUCGAAAAAAUCAAAAUUAACACAAAAGAAAGAAACAACUUCUGAUACUGUAAAUGGUAAUGAUCGUACUGAAUCACCAUUAUCACAAGGAGCUCAUGCUACUAGUUUACAAUUAACAUUAUCUGAUCAACUAUAUCGCCAAGCAAAAAUUGAUGAAGAAAAUCGACGUUUAAAGAAAAAAUCAAAAACUGAUAGUGAAUCAUCAAAAAAAGGAAAAAAAUCAUCAAAAAAAUCCGAUACAACAGCAAUUGAUGAUAAUGAUGAUGAUAUUUAUCCAACUGUUAAAGUAACACGUGGUGGUGAAUUACCAGAAGGUGCUACAGAAAGUGGAAAUGAAGACAAUGAUCAUCAUGUAAUUGUUCGAAAAAAUAAAAAAUAUGAUCCACAUCGAGCACUUAAUAUUGACUUAAAUGAAAAACCUAUGCAAGCGAUUUCUACAUCACCAUUGACAUCUCAAGUAGAAGAACCAGCUCCUCAACAAGUUGAAACAUCUCCUGUAUUAACUGAAAAGCCAAAAAAAUCCAAGAAAAAGAAAACAAUUGAACAACAAGAUCAGGCAUCAACAUCAAAAUCUAAACACAAACGAGAACGUAAAGAUUAUAAAGAAUUAUUAUCAGCAGUUGAUGAGGAAGAAAGUCGUCCAACUUCUACACCUCCUCCUACUGUUGCAGAGAAGUCAAAGAAAAAGAAAACUAAAGAAAAAAAAUCAUUAUCAGAAACAACAACAACAACAACAGUAGAUACAAGUACUUCUGCAACACUACUAUUGGACAUUAUGAGUGAUGAUAUACAUCCAACAAAUCAAUCUGAGCAACAAUACAAUGAACAAGAUGCUUAUAAACUAGCUGCUGAAUCUGACAAUUUGACAAUUGAAUAUUCAAUCAAUCCGAAUCCAUCAAUAGCUCAGCUUGAUGUAACAUUUCUUUUAAAAAAUCGAACAUCAUUUAUUAUUGAUCAUAUUAAUAUUCAUAUUAUUGAUAGUAUGAGUUCGAAAUUAUUAAAUACAACGAGUGGAAAUUCAAUAUCAUUUCCAUCUAUAAGUCUUUUUCCUCAUUCACAAAAUUAUAUUCAUAUUUAUUUUACAAUAAAUGCUAUAUCAUUUUCUCAAAAACUAAAAACAACAUUAACUUAUUCUAUAAAUAAAUCGAAUACAAUUGAAACAGAUAGAAUUGAAUUUAAACUUAAUUUACCUUGUUCACAAUAUUUACGACGCAAGAUUAUUGAUUCUAAUGCAUUUGCUGAUUUGAUGAGUUCUGGUGCAUUGAUAUGUCAAUCACAAGUUCGUAUUCCAUCAUCUAAUCAAGAUUUUCUAUCGAUAAUAAAUAAAAUUUGUCAAUCAUAUCGAUUAAAUGUUGUCGAAAAAAUUCAUUCGGCUGCAUCUUUAUAUGCUGAAACAGUUCUUGGACAACCAAUCGCUCUUCUAUUUAAAUCUAUAAAUUCUCAAAGUGAUAUUUUAGUAGAUGGUAAAUCGACAGAAACACAUUUUCUUUCCAAUCUUAUGGAAGAAAUAAAAACAUCACUAAAAUAA